AUGAUGAUGGAACAACAGAGAGCGCGAUUAGGGCCGCUACCUGGGGGCCGCCAGGGCGCGUCUGGGGCUGGCGCUGGACGUGGCAGCAUGCGAGCCGCCAGCCAACAUAGUCGACCGGCACUACCACCUGACCGGUCGACACUUCCAUCAUCCCCAUCAGAGGGCUUGGCUUCGACAGGGUCCCCUAGGGCCCAAUCUUCGGAGCCCGCCGCUGGUGGCGUACGGCGCAUGAAAUGGACAUGCGACAUGAAUAAAAAUGUCAUGCGCGCGUACUACAGGGCUACAGGGGGAGAAACCGGACGGACUGGCUACCGAGCAGCAAUGUACCGCGAGUUCUUGCUGCUUGAGCCGCACUUAACUGUCACGGAACAGAACCUAGCAGAUCGAGCUCGGUUUAUUCAGCGUUCUAACAUCUUCAACGCGACCGAGCUCGAACGAUUACGACGUGAGGCUGUUCCCGAAGUGCCAACCUCUUCUGCAGAGCAAAUCGUCUCACCGGCGGCGCCUGUCCGCGAAGAGACUGAACCUAUGUCCCAAGAUUUGCAUGCAGAGGAGGAGGACACUGAGGGAACCGUCUCCCUUGAUUUAGAGCGGAUGAGAAGGAUCCUAGAAGAGACGAUUGCUGAAAUCCGUAAUGCUCCUCUAGAGAAUCGUCCGCGGCUCUCCCGUAUUGCGCUAAAUAUAGCGACGCGGGAUGUCAUUGAGGCUGUCAACAAAAUGCUGCCCCAACUUCUGGCGGGCAGCACUGGUCUGGAUGAUACGGCUUCUAUCCUUUUCGGGGCAGCCCUAACCGUCCACCGUUUCAUUGGUAUCAAAACCAAGGAACCUGGACGCCCGGGGCGUUCUGUUAAUAACAUCAGAGCAGAACCAGCCUGGAAGAGAAGGAUAGAACGCCGUAUCACCCUUGCCAGAGGCCUCAUUGGCAGACUGCUAUGCUUCAGGUUGGGCAAUAGAAGGCCAAGGAUUGUGCGCUCCGUCAGAAUAGCCUUUAACGGGCUCGGGGUUAGGCUGGAUCAGCCGGACAUAACCCUAAAACUGACGGAGCGCAUCGACGACCUGAAGCAGAAAAUCGCUGCAUGGGGGAACCGCAUACGACGAUACUCGGAAAGAGUUGAGCGAUUUCAGCAAAAUCGUCUUUUCUCGAGUGAUCAGAAAAGGUUCUACAACAGAUUGGAGUGUCCUGCAGUCUGUUCUACCUCUCCACAGCCGAAUCCGGCUGACCUUAUCGCUUUUUGGCGAAACAUAUGGUCAAGAGAGGUAGAGCACGAUGAGGGUACUUGGAUUUCGGCGAUAGAGGAGACAUGUGCCGCAAUCAGGCCGAUGAACCCAGUCGCCAUCUCUACGGAGGAUGUAGUUGGUGCAGUAAGGCGGGCCGCGAACUGGAAAAGUCCGGGGCCCGACGGACUGCAUCACUACUGGCUGAAGGCGUUCUCGACUUGCCAUGUCACCUUGGCUCGCCAAUUCCAAGAGGCUCUCGAGCAAGGGACACUCCCGAACCUUUUCACCACCGGGAUCACUCAUUUAGCUCCAAAGACCACCGACACCGUAGAUCCCUCAAAAUACCGCCCCAUCACGUGUCUUACUACCAUCUAUAAGACACUGACAUCCGUUCUGAGCUCUAAGAUAACUCGUCAUGUAGACGAUAAUAACAUCAUGUCUGGGGCUCAGAACGGAUGUCGGGGUGGUAGUCGUGGUACCAAGGAGCUCCUUCUCAUCGACUCCGUCGCGGGCCAAUUGGUCAAGCGCAACCGCCGGAAUUUUGCCGCAGCCUGGAUUGACUAUAAAAAGGCAUUCGACUCGGUGCCUCAUUCGUGGCUCUUGAGGGUCCUUGAGCUGUACAAAAUCGAUUGUACAGUUCAAGACUUCCUCCGGUCAUGUAUGGGGCAAUGGAGCACGAUCCUUUGUCUCCAUGGCGAGCGGUUGGCGGCUGCCGAUGACCGGAUUAGGAUACGCCGGGGUAUCUUCCAGGGUGACUGUCUGAGUCCACUAUGGUUUUGCUUGGCCUUGAAUCCUCUCAGUACAUUACUAGAGGGUUCGGGAACAGGCUUUCAGUUUCGGAGAGGAGGGACAAAAGUGCCUCACCUUCUCUACAUGGACGACCUCAAACUGCUAGCGCCCAAUGCUACCCGACUGCAGGAAUUACUGAAUCUCACCACGGGAUUCAGCAAUUCCAUCAGAAUGGAGCUGGGACUAGACAAGUGUGCGGUCUUGCAUGUGGAGAGGGGUCAGGUCACUCAUACGGUCGGGAUCAAUCCUGACCUGCUUAACAUCAAGACCCUUUCUGAAACUGAAUCUUACCGGUAUCUGGGCAUGUCACAAUCUAUAGGGGUGCAAGAGGCGGACAUGAAACAGUCAGUUUGCGAGGGUUUUUAUCGACGUCUGACAAAGAUCUGUAAAAGUUAUUUGUCGGGCGCCAAUAAGAUUCGAGCUUAUAACGGCUGGGUCAUGCCUGUUCUCAUGUACACCUUUGGCGUGCUCAGAUGGACUCAGACCGAAUUAGACGUCCUGGAUAGAAGGGUCCGCACGACUAUGACUCUCUAUCGUAUGCAUCACCCAAAAUCGUCUGUCAUGAGAUUGUAUGUCCCCCGAAAGUGUGGUGGUCGAGGCCUACUUAGCGCCAAGACCAUGCACAAUCGGGAGAUAUGCAGCCUCAGGACCUACUUCGAGACGAAAAGGGAGUCCCCGAUGCAUACAGAAGUCAUAGCAUGUGAUAAAGGACUCACCCCGCUAUCCUUGGCCAACAGCGAAUGGCAAAAACCAGUGGUACAGAGCAUCUCUGACCGGGAGACCGUAUGGAAGGGGAAGGAGCUGCACGGACGCUUUUUUAAGGCUCUUCAUGAGCCCCAUGUCAGUAAAAAAGCGUCUGUGCAGUGGCUGCGCUUCGGCGGAGGCGGGUCGCUGCGGAGGGAAUUUAUGGCGGUUACCUACGCACUGUGGGGAUUUAUGUCGCGGCCCGUCGCCGGCACUCGCCAACUUACAGUUUUUGUGAUAGACCGCCUGAUUGAGCGCCCGCCCGCCCCCGCCCGCCGCCCGCGCCUGCCGCUAACUGCGCCCGCAUAA